AUGUCCCUCGCGUACGAGCCCUGCACCACAGUUGGCAGCGUGGUGCAGUGGCUAGCGUCCUUGCACUGUGGUGUCUAUGACCGGGGUUCGAAACUUUUUGAAGAAAUUCGUUUUUGCAAGUUUUUCUAGGAGGAAUUCAUCGACAUCGGGGAAAUAGACCAAAAAUUUUUGUCCAAAAGAAGAUGGCUUCUCAUUUCACUCGAUUUACCAAGACUUUCGACAAACAUUUUCUCUCGGCCCAUAGGCAUGAUCAAUAUAUCGCUUUCUGUAUUUUUUUUUUUGCAAGAAUCUAGAGGAGACUUGCUUCUCUUCCUGUGGCGUAAGUUUUUUUAUUUCAUUCUUUCUGAAUUAUCAACUGGACUGAAACGCUGAUCAAAUUAUUUUGGACAAAAAGUUUUUUCCGAGAAAGUGAAAAAUUGGAAAAAAAAAAUUUUUCGUUGUGCUUGAGAGUCAUAACUUUUUGUUCCAAUUUUGUGUUGAGUGGAUUGUGCCUGAUUAGCAAAUUGAAGUGAGGGAAAAUCCUGCUCCCAAGAAAGUAACUGAUUUUUAAAAAUUUAGUCAUUUUCAAGUUGGCCGCGUUCUUCGAGAUGGAGGUCAACUGGAUCACCCGGAUUCAGAGAUUCUAGACAUUUUUUCUCUACUCACGAGACCCUAACGCGUCGAUUGAAAAAAUAAAAAUCCAGGCAUUCGGGGGCUCUAGUACUAGUUAGAGCGAAAAGUUUGAAAAUGCCGAAAAAAGGAAAAAUCAGAAAAACGUCAGAAAUUUUUUUUCAAAGGUUUGCAGCUCGCUACUUUUGAGCUGUAAUUUUGCAGCAAGCUGUGUUAUGUUGAACGAAAAUAAGAAACAAGACGGAAUCCGGAUUUCACAAGAAAUAGAAAUUUUCAAAGUUUUGCGAUUUUCAAGUUGGCCGCGUUCUUCGAGAUGGAGGUCAACUGGAUCACCCGGAUUCAGAGUUUCUAGGCAUUUUUCCUCUACUCACAAGACCCUAACGCGUCGAUUGAAAAAAAUAAAAAAAUCCAGGCAUUCGGGGGUUCUAGUACUAGUUAUGACUCAAAGACUGCGAAAAAAACGUCAUUUUUCAAAAAACUUGAAUUUUUUUCUUCUGAAAGAAAAUUUUUUCCGGGUCAGUUCUAUAGCUAUAAAUGGUCAAAAGAGAACAUAUUUUGUUUUAAAAUUGGUUUGGACCAAUUUGCUCCACUAGGAAAAAAGUUUGGUUUUUACGGUGUUUUUUCUACAGUAAGCCUAAAAGUGGGCGGAGCCUUAUAAAACUUGGUUCUAAAUGUUCAAGAGGUUGUUCACUAUCUAUGAUAGCAAGAAGAGCUCUCAGGAACAAAGAUGAAAUUUUUGUACCAAACUUUUUCGCAUUUGUUCGAUUUUCUGGGAGAAUGCGUGUUAAAGGAUACAGUAGCAAGGUUUUUCUCAGAAACGUUCGAAUAACUACUGUAGGGGUUUUUUGUUCCAAGCUAAUCGAAAUUUAGUCAAAAAAAAAAGCUUGAAAAUCAAUUUUCUGUAGAAAAAGGUUGUAUCUAGGGUACAUUCAUGCGGUCUACACCCCGGUCGACAGCAUCGUUCUGAGCGGAAACUUCGUCCACACGCUGUCUUGCCAGAUGCAACUCGAAGUACAGAAGUCGGAGCAGAGACUUAAGGUUUUUCGGCUGAAAAGUAGACUCCAACGCCUUGAAAAAAGGAUAAAUAAUCGAUAAAAGCGAAGAGGAUAAUUACAGAGUGUUGUGAAAAUUUGUUAUUUUGAUUCAGGAAGAGCGAUGACUGGAAAACUUUAAGAAAUUUGGUAGGUCUUGAUUCCGAGCUGUGAAGCUUCAAAAGCUUGGGAUAGCGCUUUUUUUUCAUAAAUUUACCAAAAUUUAAAGCUCUAUAAAGGAAGGCUGCGAAAGAGGGUUUGGUUGAGAGGAACUUGGACAGCUUAAAUAAGAAAUUAUUUUGAAGCUCAUGGCGGCAGUCUAGAGAAAUACCAGAAUGUAGAGUUUUUCGUCGACUUUCUGAAUGUGUACCUCACAAAAAGAUGUUAGAAUUCAAAAAUUUAUCCUCAAAUUAAUCAAAUCGUUUAUUUUGUUUUUUUCAGUCAGAUGUAAUCGACUAGGUGGUGAACAAGAACUUUUGAAGCUAUAACGAACAACCGCCUUUGGCGAGCUAGAAGUCCAAACGUGUAGUCGAAAGAGUUGAAAGCAUGGUCUUACGGUCCUUCGCCUCGUUCUUCUGCGCGUAGUCCAUCUAGUUGCGCCUUGACGAGCUCAGAAUGUAGUGGAUGGUGUAGCUGGAGCCCGGAGACCGUGCUGGGGUGGAAGCCUCGAAAUGAGAGUGACCAUUUCGAGGGAAUGAAGAUUCCUGUGAAAACUCCUGUGAAGAGUCAAAACGAGAGAUCAAAAUUGAUCUCUCUUCAAACGAAUAUUUCAAUUCAUGAUUGAUUUUUCAACAGCUCCAAAGCGGCUUCCGAAUGCCCUAUACCCACCAACUAAUGUUCUACGUAGUGGCGGAUCUCGUCAAGAAAUGGACGAGACGGGAGUAUCUCCGACCCCUGAAAAUCGAGGACAAGUAAGAAUGAAUCUGGACAAAACUUUUUUUCGAAUGAAAAAUUGAAUAAAGUUUUUUUUUCCGGCGGACGUACGUUGGCGAGAGAUGGCUCAAGGCGAAAGGCCACCGACUUGAGGUUUUUCGCCUUUUUAUUUGAUUUAUAGGUUGCUCAAGAAAAUCUUUAAAGGCUCAUAGCCUCGAGACCUUUAUUGAAUCAAGCUAUGUUCCUUUAAAGCAGAAAUAAACAUUUCAAAAUUCAAAAAAAGGCAAAAUGAAUAGGAAAAGCCGAUAGCUUUCAAUUUUGUUCGAUUUUACUCAGAAAACCUUUUUUCCAGCUUCUAAAGUAAACGUUAAGAUUCAAGUUGAAAUUUGCGAAAAUUGAACUUUGUUUUUGAAUUUCUCCCAUUUUAGAUUACACUCGCAAACUUCGGAGACACGGACGAAAAAGAGCCGGAAAAUGGUCAGUUUUGACUCGAAAAGCAUGGCUCAGUUGGUAGAAAAGUCGCGUUUGAGUAAAGGCACGCGGGUUCGACUCCUAGCCAAGAUGCGAACGAAUAAAAUGAAGAAAAUCAUUUUUUUACUCUAGUUGCAAUUUUUUCAUAAGCCAAAAAGAUGAUUUUUUUAAGAGUUUAGAGUCUUUUUCUUGAUUUCAGAGAGGUAAUUUUUCGUUGAAGCAAUUUCAAAAAAAGGGAUUCAUGCUAUAUUUCAGAGACAUUCAAGUUUUUUUCUCCGAAAAAUUUAAAAGCCUUUUUUUAAAUAAUAGAAUCCAUAUAGUUCUCCAGCGAUUUUUUACUCGAGAUCAGCCAAAAGUUCGUUUUUUAAGAGAUAAACUCAAUUUCGAUUUUGCGUCAGUGCAGCAAAAUAUCAGUGUCAAAGAGAUUUUUUGAGAACAAUUGAAAAAAAAGAAAUAAAAUCGGAAAUGAAGAAAAACUAAAAGAGAAUAAGCUGUAAAAAUGCAAUUUUAAGAGGAUUUAAAGUUUUUUUUCGUUUCUCAUGUUUUGUCAUUUUUUUCUUUUAAAAAAAUGAGGGCUUUUUGUAAAUUUUUCAAGUAUAUCGUUGGAAAAACAAAAAAACAAAGAAGCGAUACAAAGUAGCAUUAUUAUUUCAAAAUUACUUUUUUCUUUGACGGACCUUCAAGAAAAUAGUUCAGAGAAAGAAAAUGUCCCCAAGAAACGCGAGGCACAGUUCGCGUCGAGCAGUCCUCUCGUGUUUUAUCGAAGCGAAGUAGGUUCAACUUUUUCUCGGGUUUUUUUCGUGUUUUUUUCAACGUUUCUAAAGGAUUCAAGAGAGCAUAAACUGAAAAUUCAUGGUCCGUAAAUGGCUUGAAAACCGGAAAAAGUCGGAAUGAAAUCUAGAAAAAAAUAAAAAAAUUUUUAACAUUUCCGCUCAUAAGUUUUUUAAAAAGGGCCAUAGAAGAAUUUUAAUAAGAAAUUUUUGCGCUUUUAAACACCUGAGAAAGAACUUUUGAGAGGAAAAAUAACUUUUUUUCAAACUUCAUGAGGUUCGACAUUUCGCAAUCGUUUAAAAAAAAGAGAAGAUUUUUUUAAUUCAAAAAAUUUUUUUGAGAUCAAAUCUUUCCUUUCAACUUGACUAUUGCGAUUUUUUUCUGAAAGCCAUGUGAUUGUUCGAAAUUUCGACCAAAACAUUUGAAUAAUUUGAGAAAAAAAUGAAUUGAUCUUGGAAAGAAAAAAAUGGUGCACUUAUUUUUUUAAAAAGAAUUAUUGAUUUGCCACCUUCACAAGCUUAUAGAAUCAUUUUUUUCUUUGACCUUUUUUUAUUUUUAUUUUUAUAGAGAACUUAGGCACGGAGAAACUGUAUAUUCAUGGCCUGUAAAUGGCUCGAGAGCCGAAAAAAGUUGGAAAUUCGUCCAGUCAAAGUGGAAUUUGAAUCAUUUCAGUUCAUUUACACUCUAAUUUUUCCGGAGUGCUUUAAAAAAAAAAAAAAAGGGUGGUAAUAAUUCAUUGAAAGAGCAUAUUCAUACGUCGGCUGUAUUAUCCCACUCCCCCUCCCCUCAAACUGCGACCUACUCCCCAGAAAAGUGCGGAAAAAAAGGCUGGGGGGGGUCGAGACUAUGUAUGAUCAGAUUGCUUUCAAAUAAGUUCCCCUUCAACUGAGAUUCGCAUAAAAAAGAAAAAAUAAAAAAAAAAUGUUUGCCAGGCCUACGACUUGGUGGCGGAUAAGCCUUUGAAGGCGCACAAGAUGGAGGUUGGGGAAGAGCCUCCGUUCGAAUUUGUAUCAAGUUUUUGAAAAAAACAAGAAGAAAAAUGUAAGAUUUUCUUGAUAUUAAGAGGAAAUUCGAAGAAUAACCAAGAUGGAACUCGAAGAGUACGACGCUCUUUACGAAUAUCUCCAAGGACGGCCGCAGGUUCAAAACAAUUUAUUUUCUGGGAUUUCUGAGUUUAGGUGGAAGUGGCCAAGGGAAUCAGCCAACCGGCCUCACUUCUGAAGUGCUUUGGGAAGGCCCUGAACCACAGGAGGAAACAGUUUGCCAAGGUUUUCUCAUGGGUUUGGAAUUUCGGUUUUGAAAGAGUUAUUUCUCGAGACCCUAAGACCACUAUUAUCACCUUUUUUUCCAUCAGAAAGGUUUAUAGUCCAUUCUCUACAACCAUUCUCUGCGCCCUCCUCGUCUCUCGGCGACCCUCUCUUGUUGACGCGCUAUUUUCAUGUUUCUCUGACCAGGGGAGACGCAGAAAUGGGAGAACUGUCUAAUUGCGGCGAAAGGACUAGAGAAGUCCCGAGAAAUCUAUCCAACUUCUUGUUUGAGUUUUUUUUGAACCGCCUGUGAUACAACUGUAUUGAAAAUAUCCUAUUUUUCUUCCUCCGAGCUACAGAACCCAUCCCUACGAAGCGCGCGGCUUAUUUCUUUGCAUGUGCCUUUCGUUUGCCCUAAUUUAUUAUAGUCCAUUCACCGCGACUUGACAGUUUUUGCAUUUCUGCGUCUCUCUGUUCCCUCACCGGCGAGGCCAUGGAAACGCGAAAAAAGCGCGUCAACAAGAGAGAGUCGACGAGAGAAGAGGAGGGCGCAGAGAAGUACCGCAUUUUCAAGGCGCGAAGGACUAUAAAGGCGCAUGCACAAACAAAAGCCGCGUGCCUUGGAGGGAAGGGUCCUGAAGCUCCAGGGAAAACGAAAACCACAACCUAGCGGUGAAUGAGCGAUUAAAUGUAUCGAAACCAAAUUCCCAAUAACACAUUUUUUUUUUCAACUUCUGAACGUCGAAAAUCAAGGCGGUUUGAUUUUAUUCGUUAAAAAGUCGAUAUGUGCGAAGUUUUGAAGCCAGUAGAAUCGAAGUUUAGAAAGUUUUUUUGUUCUUAUGAGCUUUACAACUAUUCUUUGAAGUACCGAAAAAUUGGUCACAUUUUAGAUUCUGGCCAUUUUUGAUGAAAAAUAUUGAAAAAAAAAGAACGAAAAUCGCAUUUUGAAAUGUAGCAGACGAGAGGGUGCGCCUGGUGGGCGGGACGGUGCGCCGAGUAGCCCAAACUUGGAAUUGAUAGAGCUUGAAAAAAUUGUGAGAGAUGUCUUCAAAGGAUCAAAAACUGGUCUCCGGGAAGAUUCGGUUCCCACCCAUCUGUCUUGAAAAUUUUUUGACCCCGUGACUUUUUUUUAAAAGACGAUUCUUGACCGAAAAGGCCGCAUUAUCAUAAAAUGAGAUUUCCCGAUAUUCUGAAAAGCCUGUUAAAAAUAUUCUCUUUAUUUUUGACCUUAAAGGAAAGACGAAAGAAUGAAUCGGAGAAGGAAGUCGAGGAGACAACAGAACGGAAGAGAAAGCUGGAGGCGGUGAUUUUUCCUUCCCACAAAAAGGAUGAAUUUCAUUUUUUAGGAAGUUUUGAAGGAAAAAGAUGAGAAAAUGGUAAAGAACAGACGCGUAUGGAAUCCGUGCCAGAGUCCUGAGGUAAUGAGAAAAAAGAAAAUUGGUUUUUGGUUUUUUUUUUCUAGCUUUGUUUAGAAAACUUCGUUCUCCUAGUGUAUCUAUUUCAUUGCCAGCUUUGAAUAAUCUUCAAAAAAAAAAAAUUUGAAUUAUGCAUUUCAAGCUUCAAAACACAAAAAAAAGACCGUAUACCUACUCAGACCCUUUUUAGGGCUAUCUGAACCUCAGUUGGACUAAAACGGGAGAAAAACGGGAGGAAAUAGGUGGCCCGGAUGUGUUUAUUUUUAAAAAUCUGAACCCAAAUGGGCUACAUUGGCUUAAUAAUGCCAAAAGUUCUACAAAUAGGGCGUAUACGGGCGCAAUACGGGUUCACCCGCUCAGAUCCCAUCUUAGAUCACCUGGUCUACCCAUGAGAUUUUUAAGCUUCGAAAGAACGACUAAUAUAUUUUUCCCACUAGGAAGAAAAUGAGACGGACGAUCCGGAGGUGGAAAAUAUGCAAUUGGAAAACGCGGAAGUUGACAAGAAAAAGUUCUUUUCUUCAUUUUCGCUGUUCAACGCCCCGGAUGGAGACGAGAAGAACCACAGGAAUUUCUUGGGUUUCCCCGUUCUGAACAGAUCGAACAGAAAUUGGGACGAUUUUCUGUCUUAUAGGCAUGCGUUUAAUUUUUUUUUUUUUGCUAGUAGACAUUUUGGUUGGUUAAAUAAAUUCAUACAUGUAAAAGGGAUAAAUCGGCUUUAAAGUCAAGAGAAAUUGAAUUUUUGGAUAUUUGAAUAUUUUAAAUUUAACAUAUCUUGCAAUUCAUAUUCUCCAAUUCCAUAAAUUGGGUUUUUUCGAGAAUUUUCAUUCCAGAGGAAAAUUGGUUUAUGAAAAUAUAUGAAACGAAAAAAAUGUGGUCAAAAAAACUUUUUUUUUAAUCUUUUUCUCUAAGAUUCGGAAUUUUUUUUUAAGCGAUCCAUCAGUAUUUUUUUGUUCAAAAAAACUGUGAAUUUAACCUUAAAAUCUCAACCGAAAAAAACAUGGGAUUUAAAAAAAGUUCAAUACAACGAAAGACCUUCGUUUUCUGACUGUUUAUCUCCAAAAUUCUCUUGUUUGCCCCACGAUUUCAUGAUUUUUUUCCGAAAUUUAUUAGCCUGUGUCUUUUAGAAUUCCGGCACCUGAGCCGUUAACUUAUUUUUUUGCUUGUCUUUUUUUGGAACUUUUUAAAAAAAAUAUUGAAGUUUUUGAAGCCAUUUAUGUGAUCUUUUUGUUAAACUUCGAAUCUCAACUAAAGGAAAAAAAUAUUGAAAAAAAUAAAAAAAAUAGUUUAAUUUGAAGUUAGAGCUUUGUUUUUUGAUCAUCCAGCUUAAAGGCAUAGGGGCAGUAAAAAACGGUGUUUCAGUUCAAAUCAGUACUUUGUAGAGCUUUUCAUUGCGAAUCGAACGGUGAACUUGGAAAUGUACCAAACCUCCUAGUUUUGGAGAAAAAAUAAUUCAAAGUCGGAGAGAGGGAAGUUUGAGUUCCCGCAAAAAGAGCACUUUGCAGUAAAGUUGCUCUAUGGACAACAGGCUUCGCCAAUUUCCGGAUUUUCGCUUUUUUCUUCGUUUCUUUCAGUUUUCAAUUUUUUCUGUUGUCACCAAAGUUUUUUUCGUCACAAAAGCUUUCUAUUCAUGUAUAAUUUGCAAACUUUGAUCGCAAAAAAGCGUUUUUGGUGAAAAAUGAUGAUUUUACACAGGUUUCGAUUGGGAUUGCGAUAUUUUGUGUUCUCUUUAUUAUCGGUGUGUGUUUUUUGUUUGACUAAAUGUUUUUUUCAGAAAAGAAACCCUUUAUUUGAAGCAGAUAUCCAGUUAUUUCUCACAAAAUGCGAGUCUAAUGAGACGUCCGCAACAUCGCGUGCACGGCUACUGUAAUCAGUUGUCUGCAUACCGAUCCAAAGCUUUUUUCAAAGUUAAAGGCGGGAAAGUAAAAUCGCAUUUUUCUUCUAAAGUUGUCACAUCUGUAAUUUUUUUGAGUACACCAUUCAAUUUGCAAUGAAAAAAACUAUAUAAGAUACUGCUUUGACCUGAAACCCCAUUUUUUACUGCCCCUCUGCCUUUAAAAUUUAUUUUUUUUUUUGAAUUUUAUAAUUUUCCCCUAAGAUUUCUAAGAGUUUGAUCAUCGGCUUUAUGACUUUUCCAAGACCUUUUUGAGAUUUAUCACCCUGAAUCUUUAAGAAAUCCGGUAUCCGAGCCUUCUGGACCACUGAUUUCCCUGCCCAAAGAGGAGUCGGAAGAUGGAAUUGAGGCGGAAAUUGAUGAAAAUGAACCGGAUUUCCAUUCUUCUUCAUAUUAUAUAGUCAGUUUUACCGAAUUGAAAGGCAAGGGUGACGCGUUGCGUGUGCGGCGCGGCUUCUUUGGAGAAAAUUUUAGAAGCCACUUUAGGGUUUUGAGAGUUUCUAAGUAGUCACUUAAGGUUUUGAGGGUUUCUAAAUAGCCCCUUUUAGGGUUUUGAGGGUUUCUAAGUAGUCACUUUAGGUUUUUGAGGGUUUCUAAAUUGUCCCUUGAGGGUUUUGAGGGUUUCUAAAUAGCCACUUUAGGGGUUUGUGGGGCCACUGAAGUGACUAAAGUUCCGUAAUCUCUUCAUGAAAAGGGUGAGGCGUUGCGUGUGCGGCGCGGCUCCUUUGGAGAAAUUUUUAGAAGCCAUUUUAGGGUUUUGAGAGUUUCUAAGUAGUCACUUAAGGUUUUGAGGGUUUCUAAAUAGCCCCUUUAGGGUUUUGAGGGUUUCUAAAUAGCCCCUUUAGGGUUUUGAGGGUUUCUAAAUAGCCCCUUUAGGGUUUAAUGGUUUCUAAGUAGCCAAUUUAGGAUUUUAAUGGUUUCUAAGUAGCCACUUUAGGGUUAUGAGGAUUUCUAAGUAGCCACUUUAGGGUUUUGAGGGUUUAUAAGUAGCCACUUCAGUGUUUUGAGAGUUUCUAAGUAGCCACUUCAGUGUUUUGAGAGUUUCUAAGUAGCCAUUUUAGGGUUUUGAGGGUUUAUAAAUAGCCACUUCAGUGUUUUGAGAGUUUCUAAGUAGCCACUUCAGUGUUUUGAGAGUUUCUAAGUAGCCAUUUUAGGGUUUUGAGGGUUUAUAAGUAGCCACUUCAGUGUUUUGAGAGUUUUUAAGUAUCCGCUUUAGGGUUCUGAGAGUUUCUAAGUAGCCACGUUUAGGGUUCUUGAGGACCACUUUAGGGUUUUGAGGGGCCACUGAAGUGAAUAAAGUUCCGUGAUUUUUUUAGGAGUCCAAUCGGUACUAUUAGACCAUAAAAACUACUUUAGUGGCCGCUUAGACGCAAGAUAGUGGCUUGUAUAGAGGUGGUUUCAGUGGCCACUUAAGGGAUCUCUCCGAGUAGUCCUUAAGGAACUUUUUAAGGGGUCACUGGAGUUUUUUUCCCAGCUUUUGGCGGGUUAAUCAAAUUUAAACGCAAGCUUUACCUCUUUUUUUCAUAGUUUUUUUCAAAAUUUUUAGUUUUUUACGGUUUUGAAAAAAUCUAGUUGAACGAAUAAGAAUAUAAAAAUUAUAAAAUACUCAUUUUUUCCUACAUUUCUGCUUGAUUUUAUUCGAUUUUUGAGUUUUCCCUGCCAGAAAACCGCGUCGCGUACGCAACGCUAGUCUACCCAAAAGAAAAAUGGACUUCAGAUGAUUUUAGAACUUUUCAGGAAGAGGAUUUUUCAACAAAUCUUGAGCCGAUGUUGGAGAUAGACUUCCCUGAAGGGGAGGAAAAUGAACAAGAUUUCCAGACUUUUGAAUUUGUAAGUUUUCAGCAAAAAAUGUGGAAAAAAUAGGUCAAUUUCUGCUAGUUAAAGACGUCUAAACCUCUCCUUUUUGCACACUCUUUCGCUCAAAAUUUUUUCGAUAGUUUCUGAGUGCAGAAGUUUGAUUGAAUGGAGGAAGAAAAAAAAAUAUAUUUUUGGACUUUCAAAAGUUUGAUUUAAACCAAGUUAUCAAUAAAACGUUCAUUUCAAACUCUUUGAAUCUUUUGGUCGCAUUUGGAAUGGCUCGUGCGGUUGAACUUGAAAUUUUAAGCCAUUUUCAAAGAUUUUCCGUCUUGCGAAAGUCACAUUGUGAUCAGCCGCAGUCUCUAACAGACCCCUUGAGCCAUUCCCUGUGCGACCAAGAAGUUUGGAAGUUUCAGUACUUCUUUCAUUACUGACAGAACAACUAGCAAUUCGAGAAAAAAACAUCAAAAAAAUUUUUAUUUAAAAAAAUAAUUCUUAUCUCUCAAUUUUUUUCUACUUUUUUUCAAUGUUGAUUUUUAGUGAAAGGUUACUGAAAUCCUCUGAAACCCUGAAUUUUUUUCGAAUAAGGUUAUCCUUCCAGGAGCCCAGCCUGGAAAUGGAGAGUUUUGUACCGGAAGAACCCGAAGAGUUGAUCCUUAUGCCGUUCGUUCCUUGGAGCCCAGGCGACAUCGAAAUCACAAUUUCGGUGUGUGACUGUUUUGCGAAAAAUGCGAAAAAGUCACUGAGAAAAGUUUAAAAGGAUUUUUUGAAUAUUUCCGGUUUUUAUAAUUUUUUGCGACCUUACAGAAGUUCACCAACUGAUUUGCAUUUGAAAACUUUAUGAUUUUCUCUUUUUAUAAAUGAAUUUAAAAAAAGAUAAGAACAGCAAAAAAAAUUUGUUCAAAGGCUAAAAUGAUAAAAAAAGAAGAAAGAAAAAUCAAUGAAAAGUUGAUUUAGCCGUUUUUUUAUCGGUAGAGCGCAUUUGAUCCAGAAAAAAAUUUUUUUCGGAACGGUUCGGAAAUUUUUUUCCUGCUCUUCAAAAAAAUGAGAUGUCCAUUUUUAGACUAAAUUUUUCAAAUUUUUGAAUAAAAAAAUAAAAUAUGAAAAGGAGAUUUAUAAAUUUAUAAAUUAAUGAAUUUUUAUAUUUUUUUCUUAUUCUAACUAAACCUUGAAAACUAUCAUUUCAAACAAUUUAUGAUCAAGUAGAGCCUGAAUUAAGGUAAAGUUUUUUAGUCCCAUUUAAGUACCAUUUUGUAGAGAUUUUCCAGUAUUUUUCAUAAUCUGAAACGUUUUCAGACUUCUAGAGAUGCAUGUCAUUCCUAUGAUGACGUCAAUUUUUUUGGAAAAAAUUUUUUUUUACAUGUUGCGAAAAUUUGGCAUUUCUAGUGAUUCAUAAUUGCGUAGAGUUAGAAAAAGAAAAAGAAAGUUCGCUUUUUUAAAUUUUCAGCUACCUUUUUUUAGGCGCUUUUUUUUUUUAGAAAAUUUCCACAUUUUCAGACUUCUGGAGAUGCAUGCUAUCCCUGUGAUGACGUCGGAGGUCCGACUGACGUUGCGGAGCAGUAA